AUGUGGCGCGGUGGUCUUGCCUUCUUGACAACCUUCGUGUUGGGCCUCUUGGUCCUCUUGGCAGACGAUGCCCAUGCCAUCAAGUUUGAGUUAGAGUCGGCCCGAAACGCCAAACCGUUUUGCAUUUGGAACUAUGCGAUGGCCGACACCCUCGCUAUUAUCUCCAUCAAUGUCGUGCCGCGUGAAGAAUUCACAGCCGCAGAACAAAGCGUUGAUGUCAAGGUCGUGGACCGUACACACCACAAUGUAUACCUCAGCAAAAAAGGCAUGGAGGGCGAGACGCGCCUUGCCAUCAACACACACUACGACGCCGACUUGGGCGUAUGCAUUGUGAACAAUAGCCGACGAAAGCACCUCGUAUCGGACGUCGAGUUAGAUGUUCAGCUGGGUGGCGAAGCUAUUGACUACAACGCGAUUGCGAACCAAGAGUCUCUAUCUGGUAUGGAGACAGAACUUCGGAAACUCUCGGCCAUCGCCGAUGAAAUUCUCGACGAAUUGGAGUACUUGAAACUCCGCGAGACACGCAUGUUUACCACCAACUCGUCUACCUUGCGUCGUGUGCAUGGUUUCUCAUGGCUCAUUAUCUUUGUCGUCAUCGCCUUAGGCGUAUGGCAGGUAUACCACUUGCACAGCUUCUUCAAGCGCAAGUAUCUUAUUGAUUAA